CACUCAUCUUCUUGGUCCAGAUUUUUGCCACGCGACCUCACGCGAGUGAGCUAAACUCGAGCUCGCAGCAACUGUGAAAAGCCGAGUAUCCAACCGUCUUUGAUUACGCUCAUCGUCAUCACAAUUCACACACACACACACACACACACACACAAUCUCGAUGGAAUACGUUCCCAUUCAUUGCUAAGAAAAUCUGAAAAUCAAUCAAGCGAAAAAUCGGAUUCUCUUUUGUUAGUCAGAGAAUUUUGACUCAGCCUUUUCAGGUAGUAAAAAUGUCGUAGCUAGCACUUUCAUUCCCACCAAAAUUCGUGAUGCUCCGUCGUUUGCGUGGGCAAUUUUUUGGGCGCUGACGUCACUGAUUACGAUUGCCGACCGUUUUGCUCUAGCACUCUUGCUAUCAUUUCUUGGAAGUCAGGAAUUUUAGUGAUAGCAGUGAUUGAAGCUGGAGUAUUUGGUUUUUGGAUUCUGCCUGAUGAAGUGGAGAUCAAGGGUCUUUUUUGAAAAGGAUUAAUUGAAGUUUGAGCUUUGUAUUGUAGAGCAGUUUACUCCUUUUUUUCCUUUUCUUGGUGGGUAGGAAGACAAAAACAAACAAAUUUUGGAAAAUGAGUAGGCCGAGAAGAUAUAUUACUCCUGGAGAUUGCUUUGACGAGCCUGUAGAAUUAUCGUGUGGCCGUGUGCGACUAGGUUGUGCCGAUGAUGAAUUUGCUCAGCUGACAAAGUUAAGGUCCGCACCACACAAGCGUCUGAGGCAGGUGUUGCCCGGAGAGGCAACAUCACUCGUUUCGCCAGUGCAAAUGAUGUUGGGUAGGGAGUGCAACUACAGUGGGAGAGGCAGGUUUUCUUUAUCGGAUUCUUGUCAUGUUUUGAGCCGAUAUUUGCCUGUCCGUACUACUCCCUCUGUGGUCGAUAAGAUGACGAGCUGUGCAUAUGUGUCCCAAUUUUCUGAUGAUGGUUCUCUUUUCGUUGCUGGAUUUCAGGAAAGCCAUAUCAAAAUAUAUGAUGUUGAUCGUGGAUGGAAAAUUCAUAAAGACAUUCGUGCCAGGAGCUUGAGGUGGACUAUCACUGAUACUGCUCUGUCACCAGAUCGUCGUUUUCUUGUUUAUUCCAGCAUCUCUCCAGUUGUGCAUAUCGUAGAUGUUGGAUCUGCUACAAAACAGUCUCAUGCAAACGUGACGGAGAUUCAUGAAGGUCUGGAAUUUUCAUCUAACAGUGAUGAUUAUGAGGACUAUUCUUUUGGCAUCUUCUCCGUUAAGUUUUCUACUGAUGGGCGAGAAAUUGUUGCUGCUAGCAGCGACGAUGCAAUAUAUGUUUAUGAUCUUGAAGCAAGAAAACUAAGCCUCCGAAUUGCAGCUCAUCGGGCUGAUGUCAAUUCUGUAUGCUUUGCUGAUGAAAGUGGUAACGUCAUAUAUUCAGGAAGCGAUGAUUGCCUGUGCAAAGUUUGGGACAGGCGUUGCCUUGCAACCAAGGGGCAAGCUGCUGGAGUCCUGAUGGGACAUUUAGAAGGCAUCACAUUCAUCGAUACUCGUGGAGAUGGUCGUUACUUCAUCUCAAAUGGAAAAGAUCAAUCAAUCAAACUUUGGGAUAUAAGGAAGAUGUCAUCUAAUGUUAAUUAUGUGCCAAGACGUCGAUAUUCUGAAUGGGAUUAUAGAUGGAUGGAAUAUCCAGAACAGGCUAGAAAUCUGAGGCUUCCCGAUGAUCUGUCAAUAGCAACAUAUAAAGGACAUACUGUCUUGCGCACUCUGAUACGCUGUUAUUUCUCGCCAGCAUAUAGCACAGGGCAAAGGUAUAUAUAUACAGGAUCAACUGAUUCCUGCGUCUACGUUUAUGAUGUGUUGAGUGGCGAUCAAGUUGCAAAACUCGAUUUCCACGAGGAUCCUGUACGCGACUGCAACUGGCACCCGUUCUACCCUAUGCUGGUGAGCUCAUCCUGGGACGGCAUGAUUGCGCGUUGGGUGUUCCCCGAUAACGGGGAAAACACGGCACCGGCUAGACCAGUCAGAAGAAGAAGACGGUUUUUCUACUAAUUUUGGUAACUCAAGAAUGGCAUGUAAAAAUAUCGUUAGUCAUCACUUUUUGAGCCGUCUUGUUGUAUGCUUACUGUUUUCAACUUCUUUAUUAAUUAGGAUUUUAGUUGCAGACUACAUUACAUGUUGAUGUUACAUACACGCAGAUCCCUUUUUCUCAACUUCUUGUGUAUAGAAAUGUUUGGCAUCUGCA